CAACCGCUGCAUCCCAAGAUGGAGAAUGUCAUGGACAAUUUCUCCUGUUAUGACCCCUCCAUCGUUGGCUACCGCUACGUGUCGGUCAGUUGGGGCAUCGUGGUGACGAUCCUCGGCACAGUGGGCAAUGUGCUGACACUGCUGGCCUAUGCGGUGGAGCCCAAGCUGCAGACCCGCUUCAACCUGCUGAUUGUCAACUUGACUUUAGCCGACUUGCUUUACUGCACCUUCCUGCAGCCCUUCUCUGUCGAUUCCUACCUUCACCUCUACUGGCGGGCAGGCCCCAACUUCUGCCGUGUCUUCGGGAUGUUGCUCUUCGUCUCCAACUCGGUCUCCAUCUUAACCCUCUGCCUCAUCGCCAUCAGCCGAUAUCUCCUCAUCGCCAAUACGGCCCUCUUUGACCGGCUCUUUUCCCGCCUCAAAAUGAUACUCGUCUGCCUGAUCACCUGGGUCAUUGGGUUUGCCAGCUUUGCCCCCCUGUGGUCUGUUUAUGUAUUGGUGCCCAAAGUCUGUACCUGUAGCUUCCACCGCCUCCGAGGCCGGCCCUACACCACCAUCCUCAUGGGCUUCUACUUUGUGGUAGCCCUCAGCUGCGUUGGCAUUUUCUACUUCCUCAUCCAUCGCAAAGUCAAGGGGGCUGCCCAGGCCCUGGAGCAAUACAAGCUGAAGAAAGCCAGCCUGAAGGGAACCCAAGAAGCUGGAACCAGCUCAGCAACACCAAGAGACUGCCAAGAACUCGACAGCGGGGUCGAUAGCGCGGGGCCUUCUCAACAGUCCUGUGAGGGUCUGGCCUCUGAGCCGACUUCCAAAACCUCUGUUCCUUCAGCUCCCGAGGACAGUGGAACUAAUCCUGUGCCUCAGCCUGUUGCCCCACCAAAGAAGGCAGCUGCUUGCAAGCCAAAGGAUAGCAACACGGAAUUCCGCCGGGUGACUCGCAUGUGUUUCGUGGUCUUCAUUUUCUUUGUCGUGUGCUACAUCCCCUUCAUGUUGCUCAACAUCUUCGAUGCCAAAAACCGGGCCCCCGUUGUCCUGCACAUGAUCGCGGCCAACCUCACGUGGCUGAACAGCUGCAUCAAUCCGGUGCUGUAUGCCGCUAUGAACCGCCAGUUCCGCGAGGCCUACAGAGGGGUGCUCUACAACGUCACACAGCGGCUUCACCGGUGUCGCUAACCAG